AUGUCCGCGGUCGAGGAGGGCAAACUGCACGAAAUCGCGGCAUCCUCGGAGCUGCCGAAGGGAGACAUUCAGAACACCAACACACAGCAGGUCCCUCUCCCCAGUCCUGCGUUACCAUCAAUAGACAUCCCAGAUGGUGGCCUCCGUGCGUGGAUGUCCGUCCUUGGAGGCUUCAUUGUGUUAUUUUGCACAUUCGGGUACUCAAACUCGUUUGGUGUCUACCAGGCGUACUUUACACUCGCUGGGACAUCGAGCUCGUCCAACAUCAGCUGGAUCGGCUCUCUGCAGCUCUUCCUGGCAUUCUCUAUGGGGCUGCCCGCCGGACGACUGCUAGACAAGGGAUACUUCCGCAUCACCACAAUCGUUGGAAGCGUGCUGUUUGUGUUCUCGAUGUUCAUGCUCUCGUUGACCGAUCCUCACGACGGGCUGCUGUUAGUCCCCGCCCAAUCCGUGCAAGCGCACCACUGGAGGCGACGGCGUGCAUUCGCCAUCGGGAUCGUGGCAUCAGGCACGACCUCGCACUGUGCCGGUGUCGGCGGGAUUGUGUACCCGAUCAUGCUCAACCAGCUCAUACAUGGCUCGGCGGGGUUCGCGUGGGGCGUACGCGCGUCGGCGUUCAUGACGCUCGGUUUGCUCGCCAUCGCCAACUGUCUCAUGACCACACGGCUGCCUGAAAGGAAGGACGGGCUGGCAUCCAUGGGCAUGCUCAAGGCUAUCUUUGCCGACCUCGCAUAUACGGCACUGCAGAUCGGGUUCUUCCUGACGCUCUGGGGACUGUACUAUCCAUACUUCUACCUCCAAUUAUGGGUGAACCUCCAUGGGCUAUCCGAGAACCUCGCAUUCUAUACCGUGCGGGCCAUUCCCAUCCAGACGCCACGCCGCACACCACUGACUGCCGGACAGAUUGCGAUCCUGAAUGCGGGCUCGAUCCCGGGGCGGGUCGUGCUGAACAUACUCGCGGACGACUUUGGGGUGUUCAAUGUGCUGUGUCCCGUCAUCCUCAUCAUGGGCGUGCUUGUGUUCGCGAUGUUCGGCGUGACGCAUACUGGCUCGGUCAUCGUCUUCGCGCUCCUGUACGGAUUCUUCAGCGGCUCCUACCUCUCAUUGUCCGCCGCAGCACUUGCAUCGCUGGCAAAGAGCGUAGAUGAAGUCGGCGUCCGUCUCGGUGCAGCAUACUUCAUGGCGUCGUUCGCGUUCCUCACGGGCACGCCGAUCAAUGGCGCACUGCUUGGGACCGAUGAUCGGUGGUACCGGCCGACCGUGUUCAGCGGGGUCGUACUCGUUGUCGGGUCUGUGUUCACCAUCAUCGCGCGAUUCAUGUAUGCACGACGCAAGGGCGUGCACCGCGUUUAA